CUGGCUGGGCGGGGCCGUGUUUCUCCCAGUCAGUCGGUCACACAGUGACGGGUCGCUCCCGGGAUCACACCGCCCGCGCUCCCCAUGGAUUAGUCGGAGUUACAGGGAGCUGAGUACCGGAGGAGGAGGUCGGGACAGGAAGUGUGUUUCCCUGGGAGCGCGGACCCCUCAGGAGUCACCAUGAAGAAGCAGUUUAAUCGCAUGAGGCAGCUGGCCAACCAGACCGUGGGGAGAGCGGAGAAAACUGAAGUUUUAAAUGAAGAUCUGCUGCAGAUCGAAAGGCGUCUGGACUUGGUUCGAAUGGUUUGUCACAAUUCACACAAAAAGCUUCUGGGCUGUUUGCAAGGGCAGCCGGGCACCGACACGGAUAAGAGAUAUAGAAAACUGCCUCUCAUGGGAGUGUCGCAGUCAAUGCAGGAAGGUUGCAUUCAACUCAGCGACGAAACUCUUCUGGGAAAGACUUUGUCAUCAUGUGGGGAAGCAGAACAAAGGCUGGCCCAGGAGCUCUCCCAACAUGAGAUACAAAUAGAGAAGGACAUACUUGAACCUUUAAACCAGCUGACAGAGGUGGACAUCCCCAACAUACAGAAACAGAGGAAGCAGUUGGCUAAGUUGGUGUUGGAUUGGGAUUCUGCACGGACAAGGUAUCACCAGGCCCAGAAGUCUUUGGGUACAAACUUCCAGAUGCAACCAGGGAAGCUGGACUCUCUGAAGGAGGAGGUGGAUGAAGCGGCCAAUAAAGUAGAACAGUGCAAGGACCAGCUCGCAGCUGAUUUGUACAACUUUGUGUCUAAGGAAGGGGAAUAUGGACAAUACUUUGUAGCGUUAUUAGAGGCACAAGCAGAUUACCAUAGAAAAGCACUAUCUGUCUUAGAAAAGGCACUGCCCGAAAUCCAAGCUCAGCAAGAUAAGUGGACUGAAAAGCCGGCUUUUGGCACUGCACUUGAAGAGCAUUUGAAGCGCAGUGGACGAGAGAUUGCACUGCCCCUUGAAGCCUGCGUAAUGAUGCUUUUAGAGACUGGCAUGAAGGAAGAGGGUUUGUUCAGAAUCGCAGCUGGAGCCUCUAAACUUAAAAAGCUAAAAGCCGCACUGGACUGUUCCUCUUCACAGCUGGACGAAUUCUACUCUGACCCCCACGCCGUGGCCGGUGCUUUGAAGUCCUACCUUCGGGAACUGCCAGAACCUCUGAUGACCUUCAACCUUUACGAUGAGUGGAUCAAGGCUGGAACCAUGCUGGACCAUGACUCCAAGAUGCAAUCGUUAUGGUGCAUUUGCCAGAAACUGCCGAAGCCUAAUCUGGACAACUUCAGGUAUCUAGUCAAAUUCUUGGCCAAGCUGAGUCACAGCAGUGACAUUAACAAGAUGACUCCAAGCAAUAUCGCAAUUGUGUUGGGUCCCAACUUGCUUUGGGCGAAGCAUGAAGGAACACUGGCAGAAAUGGCAGCAGCAACAUCUGUCCACGUAGUGACGAUCAUUGAACCAAUCAUUCAGCAUGCAAAUUAUUUCUUCCCUGAUGAGAUCGACUUCAACGUUACCGGUGCCUUCGUCCCAGCCUCGGCCAACACAAAUAAUGUGUCUUUCGGUAGUAAUGACAUCUCAUAUGAGUUUGGAAUAUUUGAGCGUAAGAGGCCAAUUAGUAUGGCAGUGAUGGAUGGAGAUCUGCUGAAGAAGGAGAGCAUGACCAUAACUAUGAAAGUUCAGGAUUUCCACUCUAAACGAGGUGGAACCCUAACUAGGAAGCAUGCCUCUCCAGCAUUCCAGCCACCUCUGCCCCCAACUGAUGGAGCAACACCAGGGGAUCCACAUUCAACCACACUAGAGGUCAACAAUUCAGUCUCUGCAUCGUCUACAGAUCCUGUGACGGCACACGUCACCGAAGAGGCAAGUACAUUCAAGACCAAAGACCUCCCUACUGCAACCACUCCUCCAUCUUUGCGCAAUGGGACCCACCAGCCCUCUGGAGGAUACGCAAACCAAAUGGCUGUUGUUCCUGUACCAGUCACUGCCCCCAGCCCUCACUCCAUAAGACGAGCUACCAAGAAACCUGCCCCGGCUCCCCCUAAGCCAGUGAUACCUCCACCUGGACAACCUGGAAAUCAGGGUUCCCCAAUUCCAUCAAAUACACCUCCAUCCGUCUCUCCCAAACCUGCCACCACAACCCACAACUCUUCUUCUCCAGCCAGUACCACUAAUCAAGGAAGUACAGCUGCCCCUAUUGCAUAUGGUUCUCUCCCACGAAGGCAUUCAGGAAGCCAGCCCUUAAUACAUGCGCCCAGCCACCCUCCCCCACAACCCCCCACACAGCCAGCAGCUGCACCACUGUCUAAAUCCGUGGUACCUGCUGUAGAGCUUCCAACCGAACAGUCCCCCAGCCCUCCACACUCUCCAUCACCCCCAGAUACUCCACCUCUGGGUAUGGAACAGUCCGCUUCCCAGCUUCCUGCUCAAGAGGGCACUCAGACACAGCCACCGUGGACGGGUAGUGGAACACUUCCCCGACCUCGUCCAGUCCCUAAACCUAGAGUCCGCCCUACCGUACCCCCUCCACCUCAGCCCCCCAGCUCGCAUGGAGCAAGUGAAACACAGUCACAGUCUGCUUCAAAGAUCAUCACAGAUCCUGUCCUACCUAUUCAAUGUCAGCUAAAUCCUGACUCGACGACCCCGGUUCCAGCUUUGGAAGGUCCACCUCAACCUGCAACCAUUAGCGAUAAUGACAUUGAAAGUACUGCGCUAUAAGGCGAGGGUAUAAUCCACACUCCAGCUCACGGACCCUCCUACAGUCCCACUAUGGUCAUCUUGUCAAGACGCAACAGUGAAAAACUUUUUUUUUUUUUUUUUUUUUUUUUUUUUUUUUAUGGGAAUGGAUACAACUCUCAAAGUUUGAAUGACCUGUUUGACUCUUGCACAUUAAAGACACCAAGUGGGCUAGAAACCCUGUGGACACAUUAUUUACCUAUAGGUCUUCAAAGCUGCCAUUUUAUAUUCAGUCUACACCACUAUUUAAAAAGACCUACCUAGGAUGACAUUCCACUGAAAAACCUUUUUCUUUUUUCUUUUUUUGGUCAAGGUUUCAUUUAUAUCCCUCUUCUCCCAACCAAACAAUCACUCAGCACCAUCCUAAUUUAAAAAGCAAUGUAAAGGUAUAAACCACAGGCUUUAAUAUUGAAGUGAUAAUUGAUAGCUGGCAAGGUCACUGGGCAGUAAAUGACUUGCCUACUUGAGCAGUGGACUUUAUUUACAAUGAAUUCUGCAGAAGAGGCACCUGUUGAAAAUUUAUAAUUUUCUGUUACUGUCUGUAGUU